GCUUCAGUUGGGAAACCAGCACCGCCGCCCACAAUCACACAAGAACGUCAGCCCCAUCGUCGGCAUCAUCGAAAACCUGCCACACAGAGGAUUGGGAAUAAUAAGGGCAAUUGGACACACCUAGCCACUGUCGGAAUCAAAUUGGCGCGAUGCCGCCCACGCUAUUCCGGCGGCGCCUCGCGCCCGCGCCUGCGCCGAUACCAGGACCGCGCUCGCUGCUCGAAACAGCAACACCACCAACAUCCGAAGACCUGAUUCCGCGCUCGCACUCCGACAAUCCAGACCCCCAAUCCCAGGCGUCGCAAGCCGAAGCAGUCGCGACACGGGUGGUCGUCCUAGACCCAGGCGCGACGCGGGUGGUCGGGCGCCAGGCGGACGCGGCGCCGGCGCACACCAUGUCGACGAUACCGUCGGGGUACGGGUCGCUGCGGUCGGGGCCGGACCCGGGCACGGUGGUGGGGAUCACGCUGGGCUCGGUGGGCGGCUUCAUGCUGCUCAUGUGGAUCGUCUGGUGGUGCGUCAACCUGGGCCGGCCGGCGGACAUGGACACGUCCAGCGUGAGCGUCGGGACGACGACGGGGUCGGUGCUGACGGGCCGCCUGCGCCGACCCGAUAGGGGCGAGCACCGCCGCGGGCACAGCCAUGGCCGGCGCCAUCAUCGUCGGGGUUCCGGCGGGGAGACGAUUGAGGUGAGGACCACCCGGAGACCGUUCGUCGUCGCGGAGCCUGGGGUCAGGGAGGUGCUGGUGGAGGAGACGACGAGGGCGCGCGGCGCAAGCAGGCCGUCGGCCCCGCCGCCGCCGAGGGUCGUUGUGGACGACGAUGAUGAUGAUGAGGUGGUCGUUAUCGAGGAUAAUACACCGCCGAGGAGGCAUCGGAGUAGGAGGCCCAGCGGGUACCGGGACGAGGAAGCGCGGGUGCGACGGUCGAGUGGGAGUAGGAGGAGGUAAGGGGUAGGGGCGAUGGAGGUGCAAACCUCGUGGGUUUUCAGGGUUUCGUCUUAUCUCAUUCUUGAAGGGUCGAUGGGCGACGUU